UGGGUUGGAUCAUGCCUUCAAUCCAACCCUAGGAGGGAAGUCACUUGCCAAUUCGCCCUUAUAUAUAUACUCUUUAAGAACAACGUACUCAAAACCCUAACACUCCUUUAGUCCGCCAUAGAUCGCCGUCUCGAGAGGCAUGGCCACCAAGCAGCCAAAUACAGGCCUUUUUGUAGGACUGAACAAGGGCCAUGCUGUAACCAAGAAGGAAUUGGCUCCACGUCCAUCUAACAGAAAAGGAAAAACUAGCAAAAGAGUCCAUUUUGUGAGGAACUUGAUAAGGGAAGUUGCUGGUUUUGCACCGUAUGAGAAGAGGAUUACGGAGCUUUUGAAGGUUGGUAAGGACAAGCGAGCUCUCAAGGUAGCUAAAAGAAAAUUGGGAACUCACAAGAGAGCCAAGAAGAAGCGUGAGGAGAUGUCGAGUGUUCUCCGCAAGAUGAGGGCUCAUCAUCCUGGAGGUGGAGACAAGAAGAAGUGAAGCUUUUAUUUUUGUUGAUUUAUGGACAAGCUUGAAGGUUUGAUUUAGUAGCUGUUAGAGAUUUUGUUUAGCACUUUGUUUGAGACUGAAAACCAUGCACUCAAAUUUGCUGCUUUACAUGAAUUACUGCAAGUUUUUUUUUUUUUUUAAUUUAAAA